UUCGUAAUUGCGUUCUAAUUUUGGCACAAUGUAAUAUGAAAUUAUCUGAUACAUCUAUAACAUAUGCUUAUGAAGAAUCUAUGAAAUAUAAGCAUUUGAUUAAUAACUAUACUUUAGCUAAAUAGCACUUUGUAAGGUGUUCACAUAGAAAUACCCUAAGUAUUGAUUAAACAAAUAACUUGGAAACGAACAGCAAAAGUGGACAAACAUGGAUGCAUGUUUUACUGCCUUUGACAAAGAUGAAGAUGGAUUUCUAUCUGUAUCAGAAUUUAAACUUAUAUGUAGUGCCUUAUUUCGCAAUAAUCUUGGUAAAGUUUAUGCACUUGAAGAAGAUCAAUUGCAAGAAAUAUAUUCAAUCUUUGAUCUAAAUAAUGAUGGAAUGAUAGACAGGGAAGAAUUUGAAAUAUGCUGGAAUCUUUGGAUUAAAGUUUGCACACGUCCAAAAAGUGCCUUUCUUAUUGUGGAUGUACAGAAUGAUUUUAUAUCAGGAUCUUUAAACAUUAAACAUUGUGCUGCACAACAUGAGGGAUUAGAAGUAAUUGAACCUAUUAAUCGUUUAUUGGAUACAGUAACAUUUGAUGCUGUAUUUUAUUCACUUGAUUGGCAUCCUGUAGAUCAUGUAUCUUUCAUUGAUAAUUUACCUUUCAGGGAAAUUGAUGAAAGCGAUGGUAUAUCUAAAGAAAUGGUCCGAGUAUAUGACAGUGUAACAUUUAAAGCAUCACCUUCAAUAAAGCAAAGGCUCUGGCCCCGUCAUUGUGUUCAGGAUUCAUGGGGUGCUGAACUUCAUAAAGAUUUAAAAAUAGUUAAAAAUGCUAUAAAAAUUUACAAAGGAACUAAUCCGGAAGUAGAUUCAUACUCCGUAUUUUGGGAUAAUAAAAAAUUAACAAAGACAACAUUAGCUUCACAAUUACAAGAGAUAGGCACCACAGAUAUAUAUAUUUGCGGAUUAGCAUAUGACGUAUGCGUAGGUGCUACUGCUGUUGAUGCAACAACAAAUGGUUAUCGUACUAUUCUUAUCGAUGAUUGUAGCCGUGGAGUUGAUUUAGUGGAUAUUGAAAAAACGAAAGCAAAUGUAAUAGCUAAUAAUGGAAUUAUUGUAAAUUCAAGUCAAGUAAAAGCUAUGGUUGAAGGAAGAGAUAGAAGACCAGAACUCGGAUAUAAACUUGCUCUGGAAAUUAAAAAGAAAUUAAGUGCCAUAAAUGAGGUUGACAAAUAGUUUGCUUCUAAUAUAAAAAUAAAGUAGAAAGAGAGAGAGAAAGAGAGAGAGAAAGAGAGAUAGAGAGAAAGAGAGAGAGAGAGAAAGAGUAUAUAAAUAUAUAUAUAUAUAUAAUAAUUGUACAGUGAAAUGUAUAAAGACUUAGU